AUGAAACGAAAAAGGAAAAACGCCUGCCCAUCUCCUCUACUUGACGACAGCCCAAAAAGAACAAAAGUUCAUGCACAGCGUAAGUUUGCACAAGGUUCAAACGUUAAUAGUCCAGUCAUAACCCCCAUUCGAGAGCUGGAGUCUGAAUCCCCCAGAAGUGACAUGUUACCAGAGCCAGUAGAACUACUCCCCAUAAAAAGACCCAACACUGAAGACUUCCUGACCUUCCUGUGCUUCAGAGGUACACCUAUCCUUCCUCCUAGCUUAAAUUUCUUCAACACAGCUUCUAUUGUUGAUACCAAUGGUCAAGUCCAUGAAAUAAAAAGUGAAUCUUCACAAAAAAAUGGACCUAUAGACAUCACAAAGUGUGGAUCUUCUUCUGAUAAACCCUUCAUUGCAUUUGGGGUGCGUAAAAGAGCUGAUCCUAUAGUCAUAAGUAGACAGAUGGAUAGAAAAAGGAGGCAUGCUCUAGCAAUACAAGCUCUGAGGAGGAAAUAUCAGGAGCAAAAGAUGGCCAAAAUCAGGGCUCUCACCAUCAGCAAGCUAUCUGAAAAAGUCACUAAUAGAACACUGGUGAAGACAAACACUGUGUCCAAGACAGAAACUGUGACCAAAAAGACGAAUUCCUUGCAAAAGACCAAAGUAGUGGCUACAAAACAUGUUAAGGUCACUACACAGACUCUCAAAACUACUAUGAGGCCAAAGAUCAAUCAGAAAAUGUGCUUGCGUAGUUUUAGAGGUAGGAUUGUGCAAAAAGAGCUGCCUUUUAUUAAACGUGUUGGGGGAGUUAAGAAUGUUGUUAGGAAGACAGUGGAUCAGAAGAGUCAGCCAAGAAAAAGUAGAGAAAAGAUUUCUGGAGUUGGGGAUGAGGCAGGUCAACCUAGGCAGCAGACAAGUUCAAAAAAUUUGAAAAAAGAACCAACAGUAGGCACCAGUUCUCGCAUUACAAGAUCUGGUCAAAUAGACAACAAAGCAGACAUCAGAAGAAAGCAGAUCAGAAAACGCAUUCUCAGGCUGACGACUGUCAAGAAAACGGUAGUUUCCCAAAGAAAAAGCAGAUCAAUCGAAGCAAAAAAAAGACUUAGAACGAUACGAAAACAUACCGUUCAGGAGAAUAAUCCUCCUAAAGCGGAAAAAAAAGAAACGGGCAAAACCUUGGAAGAGAAAAUGAAUGCUAAAAAAUUAUUCAUCGAUGCUAGGAAAUUAAUGAAGGCAGCGGAUAAGAAAGACCCAGACAAAAAAACCGUCAACAAACCUAAUAGCAAAAAAGAGACUGAAAAAACAAUUGAUUUCAAGAAAGUGACGGAUUACAAAAAAGAAUCCAAAGAAUUCUAUGGAAAGGAUAAGAAGCAAGUAAAUAAGAGAGUGGACAUAAAAAAAGAAAUCAGUAAAUCUACUGAUAUCAAGAAAGAUCCUAAAAAAACUGUUGAGACUAAGAAAAGCGUCAGGAUUUCCAAUAUAAUCCAGAGAAAAGAAACAAAAAAUGCAAAAGAAGAUGAUCAAAGCACUAGUGAAGAAUAUAAGAGGAAAAAAAGAGUGAAUGAAGAAAAAGACAAAAAUGAAGAAGUAGAAAAGAAAGCAGCAGAAAAUGAUGGUGAUGGCAAACAGAAAAAUUCUUUGAUUCCAAAGAAAACUAAAAGUCAAUCAGAAGAGAAGGCUAAAGAAUCAAACAAAAAUGUGGUGUCAGAGAAGUCAAAAGAUUCAAAACAACCAGACAAGACUAGACAAAAAUUGAAUAAAAUUGAAAAUACUGAAGAAGCAAAAGAAAUAGCUGAAACAAUUCAGAAUUCACAGCCAGAAGAUGACCGUGAAAACAUUUCUCAAUCAGAGAAAAAGUCUGUUUUGGAGAAGAAAAAUGCCAGAGUAGAAAAAACUGAAGGAGCAGAUGACACUAUUAAGCCAGUUAUCAGGAAAAUCAAAAAGUUGCAAGUAGAAAUUCAAAAGUCUGAGUCAGAAGAUGUUCUUGAAAAUAAAACCAAAUUGACGAAAAAAACAGUUAUAGGUAAAAAUAAUGUUAAAAACAAAACCAAACCAGUUUCCAAAAAGAUACAUGAUUUUGGAGAAAUGGUAGAGGAAAAAAAUAAUGUUGACUCUGAAGAUGGGAUUGAAAUCAAACCAGUACUUGAGAAAAAAACAGCUUUGGAGAAGAAGGAAGUCAGUGAAAAACUUGGGGCAGAUUUCAAAUUGAUAAAUGAAGAGCCAGUUCCUGGAAAAAUCAAGAAUUUGAAAGAAAUGGUCGAGGCAAUUUUCAAGACCAAUGAUUCAAAUGAAAUUAUUGGAAUGACAAAUAAAACAGCUAUAGAAGAAGCAAAAAGUAAGGAUUCCAAAGUUGAUCGUCAAAAAAUUUACAAAAUAUCAAAAAAAUCUCAGGAAAUGGCAACAGAGUAUGCAGAUAUGAAUAAGAAAGAGUCAUAUCUUGGAAAGGAAGAAGUACCAUCCGUUUGUAAGACUCAAGACUUGAAAACCCCUGAUACUGAUUCAAACUUAAUAUUUCCAAAUCCUGAAGGACUUCAAAUUCAAUCUACAAACAUAAAAGAAAUUGUCAAAACAGGACUUCAAAAAAAAACCGAACUGUCCAUUGAUGACAAUCAAAAGAAGCCCGAGAUAGUAGAAAACAAGAAAGAUAAAGCAACUAAAAAAUCUCCCAAAGAAAAGGGCGGGAACGAGAUCAAAGUCUUAGCUAAAGUAUGCAACAAAAAAAGAGCUAGAACUAAGUCAUUCAGAAAGGAAUCUACUGAGGAAAUAGAAGAACUGAACAACAUUACUGAUAAAAUGAGAAAGUUGGAUACCAAAACUACUGAACCCUCCACAGAAAAUGACAUUUUGGAAGUUGGGAAACUUGAAAAUAUCGAAAACCAACUCAAGACUUCCGAAAAUAAAUAUAAACAAAACAAAUUAGAUGAUAUGAUUAUGAUAUCUAAGGAUACAGGUGAGGUCCAAAAUGUUGAGGAUAAACCACCUCUUGAUGGAACAAUCAAAACACAAGAUAAAGUAGACAGUCAAAAUAUAAUUGUGAAAAUUAGUGGUAGUGAUACAGAUAAAAAACUCGUAGUAACAAAAAUAGAGAGAGAAAAACAAGAAAUCAAAAUAUCUGAGACAGAAAAAGAAACAAGAGAUCAGGAACUGGAGACAAUGAAUGAAACUGGAGUACAAAACACUAAAAAGCAACUUCUUCUAAAAUCAGAGGAUCCAUCGAGGAAGUCUUCUGGUAAUAGAACCAGCACCACAGAAAAGACAGCUGAAAAAGACACAAAACUAGAUCAGAAACUUGAAAAAAUAAAUAUACCUGUAAAUAUCCAAGAGCAAAAUGUUGAUCAGUCCAAACCACUGAAACAAUUCAGUGAGGCAGGAACCAAAAACAUCAAAAACCAAAUUGAAAUAGAGAUUGAAGCUGAUCAGCCACUGGAAACACCUCAAGACAGUAGAGCAAUCGCAGAAGUUCCUAGAAAUGUGAAGAAUGUGCCUGAAAAUUCGCUAAAGGACACAGACGUUUCUAUUAAACCGCUCAUCAUUUCUAAAAAUGAAAAGAAUGUGUCUGAAAAUUCGCAAAAGGACACAGACGUUUCUAUUAAACAGCUCAUCUUGACCAAGUUGAAAAAGGCAGUUCCAAGAAGAGACGAACCGACCCUUAAAAAGGAACAAGAAGUCGAUAAAAUGAAGCUGAUAUCCGAUAAAGAAGAACAGUCAAUGCCAAAAAUGACUCAAAGACCUAGCAGGAAAACUAAAGAAGCUGCUGCCAUCUACAUGGAAAUCUUGAGCCACAAAUUAGUCCAAGAAAGUCGCAUCGACGAUGACAACAUCUCAAUAGACAGUUUCCCCGAGCUGCCAAAUGUCAAAAAAACCGAACAACGCGAAAACGAGCUGAAGAAAGCUCAAACCAAAACUACUAAGGAUAAAACCGAUGACAAACCACCUCCACACGAAAUGAUAAACAUUGAAGACAUACCUGAUGACAUAAAACUGAACGAACUCAAACACAGACUUCAAAGUGCUGUGAUGACUCCUAAAAAACAAGCUGCUACAAAGAGCAAACCUUCUCCUAGUAAAACCAAAGUUCAAGACCAGGACUUCUCAGAUUCCGAUGAAAUCGACAUCAAAACGCUGAUAUCCAGAAUGUCGGAGGACAAAAUCGAAGAACCCGACAAAGAUACAAAACCGAAAGAAGAAAAAGUACUUCCCAAACGACAAUCGAGAAAUAUCCCACAAACGUACAGAACCGAAGACAGCUACGGCUCAGACGAAUCUUUCUACGUGGAAGUCAAAGUCCCCAGACAGAAAAAAUUCACCAGAAGCAAAACCACCAGCAAACCGACAAAAACCGUCUCUACAGACUUAGCCCAGGAAAAACCUGCCAGCCCCAAAGUAAAGUAUAGCUCUAGCGAUUCAGAUGAAUCCUCCACAUCUGACAUCAACCUCCAAGUCUUAGCCAACAAAGCCAAGAGCAAGAAGUUCUCGAAAACCAAGUCCGUGAAAAAAGUCGAGCUGGACUUCAGUGACUCAGACGAAGAACCCUUGUCAAAAUUAACUGGAAGUCAAAAGUCCACGAUACCGAACCUAGAAAAACGCAAAGAGGAACUCCCCAAGACCACGAGUCUAGCGAGAAAAGCUUCCCCAAAGCCUCAUGAAGAGGCUAAACCAGAGGCGAAGCCGAAAAGGGAGUGCGCGAAGAUCCCACAAAACUACCUACCGAUGUUCUCCAGUUCGGACGAAGAAGACAUCUUCCAUGGUUUCGACGAAAAAACCGAGAAAAGCAAACCUUUGGACCCUUCUUGCAGCCACACGCCUCCACUUCUAGACCUCCUGAACAAAGAUCUGAGCAGGAGAUUCGGGAAGGAGAAGGUGAACAUGUCGAACGAGCAAAUAGAGAAAUGGCUGAAAGAUUCAGCUUUAGCGGGCAGCAGCAUCAAGAAAGAAGACGACGAUAUGCUCAAGUUCGGCGAAAAGGUCACCAACGAGGCUAAGACGGAAAAACCUGCCGUCAAGCUUACCUUGGCAGAUACCAAACUCGAGGCUACUCCUGUCAAAUCUGACAGCUCGAAGGCUGGUGACGUCAGCAAGCCGCUGAUCGACAGGAAACUGAUUUUCCGCAAGAACAAGAAAGAGUCGGCUCCCAAUAUCAAUGCGUUCUCACCGGAAAAUGAGAGUAGCGUUUAUGCUUUCGGAGAAGAGAACGAAGAUGUUAUUAGUACACCGUUUAGGAGGCCUUCUAGAAGGCCUUCCAGUACUGCCACCUCCAGGUCUGAGGAUGAGUCUUCCAAGUUUGAAGAAACGUUGAAAAUUGGGCAAUUUAGGAAACCCAGUUUGAAGCAAGAACCCUUAAAGAGCAGCAAAGACGAACCAGAUCUAGAAACGGAAGAGAACACUUUCUACAUUCCCCAAAAACCUUCCAAACACUGCCUCUCCAAAUUCCACAACAAAACUUUACUGAAACUCUCGAAGAGUAACGAGAGACUAUCGGAAUCCGACGACUUCAAAUAUAAAAUACCUAGCUCUCCUAGCGCUAGCUCAUCUUCUAGCACCAAAUUGUACAAGAAGAAACAAAAAUCCAAGCUGCCGGAAACCAUCUCCCCCGUAUACAUCUCGGACUUCCCUAAGAAAACUGAUGCGGCCAAACUGGUCGAAGCUCCGAUCUUUCAUCCCACUGAACAGGAGUUCCAGGACCCUCUCGAGUACAUCGAGCGCAUUCGGCACAAGGCGGAACAGUUCGGCCUUUGUCGGAUAGUGCCUCCGAGCACGUUCAAGCCCGAGUGCAAGGUGGCCGACGAUAUGCGCUUUACCGCGUACAACCAGUACGUGCACAAGAUGCUGCACCGAUGGGGGCCCAACUUCAAGGAGCUGAUGGCCAUCAAGAAGUACUUGGAGACGCAGAAUAUUAGUUUAGUGCAUCCACCAUGGAUCGGAGGCAUGGAAAUAGACUUGCCGAAGCUGUACCAAACCGUCCAGACUUUGGGAGGGCUCAAGGAAGUGAUAGAGAAGAAGAAAUGGCCGAGAGUAUCGGAACUGAUGAAAAUACCGAAGUCCGCACAAGAUCGCGUCACCAAACUCGAUGACAUCUAUUGCAAAUAUUUAUUACCCUAUGACACAUUAUCUAUAGCCGAGCGGGAAAAGCUUUUUGACGAAGUGGAAGCCGAAUGGGCGAAACGGGAAUCAAAAAACUUGCUGAAGCAACAGCAAAAACCUCCGGAAGAUUCCAACGGCGAAACUAACGACAACGACUCGGAUUUCGAGGAUGACGCUGAUGAGUGCAUCACCAAAGGUCGAAACAUCGCUCUGAGCGCCUUCUACAGGAUAGCCAGGAACACCAUGAGCAUGUAUUUCAAAACGAACGAACCGUCUGCCCAAGAAGUGGAGCAAGAAUAUUGGAAAUACGUGACAAUGAGAGAGAAUCAUAUUUGCGUCAAUUCCGGUUCGAUAGAUUCCGGUAAUUGGGGUUAUGGUUUCGCAGUUUCCAAAAACAGCCCGUUCGCGAGGCACCCAUGGAAUCUCAAAGUGCUGACCAAUAACAGUGGGUCUCUGUUGAGGUCUAUUGCACCUCUUAUGGCCGUCACAGUACCGACUUUGCACUUCGGCAUGGCGUUCAGCGCGGGCUGCUGGUACCGCGAGCCGCACGGCCUGCCCUGGAUCGAGUACCUGCACACGGGCGGCGCGAAGGUGUGGUACGGCGUGCCCGAGUCGGCGGGCAACGCCUUCAGGGCGGCCCUUGGGCGAGUGGCGCCGAGGCUGUGCCGCCCCGAGGAGCCGUGGCUGCCCUCCGACACGGUGAUGGUGCCGCCCAAGGUGCUGGUGGAGAACGGGGUGUCGCUGUGCAGGACGGUACAAGAACCCGGCCAGUUCGUCAUCGUCUUCCCCAAAUCGUUCACCUCCUGCCUCAGCACCGGCUACACCGUCUCCGAGAGCGUCUACUUCGCGCCCGCCCACUGGCUCAAGACCGCCCGCGCCCUCUUUCAAGCCCUGCGCACCGCCCGCGAGCCCUCCAUGUUCGCCCUCGACCGCCUCCUCAUCAGUGCGGCCAACGACCCGCGCAGCACCGUCGAGAUCCUGCGCCAGGUGGCGCCACACGUCCAGGAAGUGUGCGAGAGAGAGCGGGCGGGCAGAGAGCGGUUGGGCGGCCUUGGGCGGAUCGCGCGGGAGCGGCUGCCGCUGCCCGAGGUCGGAAAGGGUGGCAAGCGGAAGGUGCGGGCAGGGGAAGAGGGGGAUUACGAGUGCGACGUGUGCAGAAUGAGUCUCUUCGUGUCGAUGAUUUUUGAUACCGUCGAAGGAACAAACUACUGUCUGGACCACGGCAUAGAAAUGCUGGAAGCCAAAAGAUCCCAGCUGCCCAACUGCAAGUUUAUGUUCACCUACGACGACGACGAACUAGCCGGGCUGCCCGAUAGAAUAAAAACGGCCAUCGAGAACAAAGGGCAAAAGAAGGUGCCGAACAAGUACGCGGGCUUGCCUACAAUGCUCACCAAGUGA